CUCCUUUCAUCCUCCCCUCCCUCCUUUUCGCCGUCUCCCUGGCGCUUCGCUCCUCCGCCGCUCGCCGGAGCACCGCCGCUGGCGCUGCCUCCUUUCGCCCUUGCCCCAACGCCUGCGCGGGCUCCGCGGCCAACGCGCCGCAGGAGUUCGGGAGUCGGCUCCGUAAGCUCGGGACGCGGCGGAUCGGAGCAGCAGUGGGCUCGGAUCGGAGCGCGCGGGGACGCCGGUAGCGGGCUCCGCAGGGGAAUGUGGGUACCCGUUUGAGGAGUUCUCGGUCCCGGAAGCUGCGGCGAGAUGAGACGAUCAAGGAGACCCAUUCUGUUGAGCUGGGGACUGGAAAUCAUGAGUUGAUUUAGUCAUUUUGCUCAGGGUGUUUAGUCGAAGGACUGAUGCCUCCAGGAUAAUGGCAGGGAAGGAUAGAGUUACUCUGAAAUCUGUGUCAUGCAGGGCAAGGUUGCGCAGGAGUUGUGAUGCAUCACUGGGAGGGGGAGGGUCCAUGAGAGACCCAUUCUUGAAGCACAGAGUAAAGAAGUUUGAUCUAUCUAGACUAGAUUGGAUUGAUGAGAUUCCAGAUUGUCCUGUAUUUUCUCCAUCAACCCAAGAGUUCGAGGAUCCAGUGGUUUAUCUCAGCAAAAUUGCCCCUGUGGCUGCAAAAUAUGGUAUAUGCAAGAUCAUUUCACCUGUCUCUGCUUCAGUACCUGCUGGCUCUGUACUAAUGAAGGAAUUAGGUGGGGUUAAAUUUACAACCAGAGUUCAGCCUCUCCGUCUUGCUGAAUGGUCCAAGGAUGACAAGUUUGCCUUCUUCAUGAGUGGAAGAAAGUAUACAUUUCGGGAGUUUGAGAAGAUGGCAAAUAAAGAAUUUGUUCGAAGAUACUCUAGUGCUGCUUGUCUUCCAUCAAAGUAUAUGGAAGAGGAGUUUUGGCAUGAAAUAGCAUGUGGCAAGAUGGAGUCUGUUGAGUAUGCAUGUGAUAUUGAUGGCAGCGCGUUUUCUUCUUCUCCUAAUGACCAACUUGGGAGAAGCAAAUGGAACUUGAAGAGAUUCUCAAGGUUGCCCAACUCUAUGCUCCGUCUUCUUAGAGCAGCAGUUCCAGGAAUAACAGAUCCAAUGUUGUAUAUUGGAAUGCUCUUUAGUAUGUUUGCCUGGCAUGUGGAAGAUCAUUACUUGUACAGUAUUAACUAUCACCACUGUGGUGCCUCAAAAACAUGGUAUGGUAUUCCAGGCAGUGCUGCUUCUGAUUUUGAGAAAGUGGUACGUGAGCAUGUCUAUGAUCACGAAAUUUUAUCAUGUGAAGGGGAAAAUGCAGCAUUUGAUGUUCUUUUGGGGAAAACUACAAUCUUCCCUCCAAAUAUUUUGCUGCAUCACCAAGUUCCAGUCUAUAGAGCCGUACAGAAACCUGGAGAGUUUGUUGUAACUUUUCCCCGAGCUUAUCAUUCUGGUUUCAGCCAUGGUUUCAACUGUGGGGAGGCAGUAAAUUUUGCUACGGGUGAAUGGUUUCCUCUGGGAGCUGUUGCUAGCCAACGUUAUGCACUUCUGAAGAGGAUACCAGUGUUACCUUAUGAGGAGCUUCUUUGUAAAGAAACAACACUUGUUGCCAAUGAGUUUACCAUGUCUGAUCAUGAAGAUAAUACAUUAACUAGGGAUACACAUAUACAGAGCUGUACGAAGGCCCCUUUUGUGCAGUUGAUGCGGUUCCAACACCAUGUUCGUUGGUCGCUUAUGAAAAUGGGUGCUCGCACGCACUACAAAGCAGACAUUGACACAACAGUUCUCUGUGGUAUAUGCAAACGGGACUGCUAUGUAGCUCACAUUAUGUGUAACUGCCGAGCUGAUGCAAUUUGCCUUUGCCAUGGUAAUGCCUUUUAUCACUUAUUGCAGAUAUCUACUUUUGAGAUCAUCUUGUUUACUUGGUUACCUUGUUUUGAAGAGGAAGAGAUUAGGAAGUGCCCUUGCAGCUGUGACCGUGUUGUAUUUGUGAGGAAAGACAUCUUUGAAUUGGAGGCAUUAUCAAAGAAGUUUGAGGAGGAAAUUGGAGUACUGGAUGAAGUAGGAAAAUGGAUGUCUCAAAGUGAUGGACCUAGCACACAUCCUUGCUUGUUCGACGGCAUUAACCACAAUUCUAAAUACUUCCCGUAUUGCAAGAUCCAAAUAGAUGCAUCCCCUGAAAUUCAUACCUUUUCAGAGAUAGACGUUCUUGGAUAUGAUUUGAAUAAGCUAUAUCCUACAGCAUCAACAAUAACUUUUGCGCAUGGACCCCAUGACUAUUCUACACAAAGUGAUGAGUGUACUAGUUCUAACCGAAGAACCUUCUCUAGCUCAUGUCCUGAGAAUGGAACAACUAACGCUUAUCCUUUAUCUACUCCUGAUGAAGCAUUCUCGUCUGACAAAUUGGCUGCACAAGAUGGUGACGAUUCUGACUAUGAGGUAUUUAGAGUCAAGAGACGGUCUACCAUAGUUCUGGAGAAAAGAUGUUCUGAAGAUGUAACAACAAAUUUAACUGAGAAUCAGGUUUUGAGACGGUUAAAGAAAGCCCGUUCAGAUGACAGACAAGAGCGGAUGGCAGCAGAAGUAUCCUUUGGUACAAGAAGUGACAGUAUUGAAUCACAUUGCGCUGACUCGGUUUCUGGAAACAGAGAUAACUUAGUCAAUGGAAGCAAAUCGAAGAUGAUACAUCAGUUAGAUGUAAAUACCAUGGAAGAUGAAGUCGGUUUUAGCCAAAAAUCUAAUGGUUGCAGUUACCAAUCCCCGUCUGUAGAUCUUGGGCCAAAACGCUUGAAAAUUCGUGGUCCAUCCUUCCCGAGCUCAAUUUCUGAAGUGGAAAUAUCUUACAGAUUCCAGGAGGACAACGACAUGGCUAGUCAGCACACUCAAUGAAGUAUGCUGCUAUUGGUGCUAACUGCUAACACCACGUAAGUUAACAUCAAUCGCAACUUCUGGAAGAUGAAAGCUCUUUUUUUGUUGGAUGGUUCAGAACUCAGGCCUCCAAUAGAGGCACUGUUAUGACUGGAUUAAUGAUUCUAUUGCCGGGCCACCUAUGUGGCAUGGGAUAGGAAAGCUAUAGGCAGACAAUUUUUCUGAUCCUUCUUAGUUGUCCAUCUUCACUUAUUUCCAUUUCUUGUAGGUUUUUCACUGUGAAGAGGUUAGUCUACUACUUUUAACAAUUACUUUCAUUCUUUUUCCACCACAGAUACACAUGUACGUAGAAUGCUUAAAUAGAUCCACAUACGAAAUGGAUAUUGUACAUUUAUAAUGAAUCAGUCUACAUUCUACUGGUCUUUCCUCUC